UUGCCGAAGCGCUUUCGCUUUGCUCCCUGCGUCAGUAGAGACAGAGAUCUGCGUGUGAGCUCCAGUUCACAUCGGAAACAAAACAGAAGUGCUUGUAUUUACAUCUUUUUCUUUUAUUUUUUAAUUUCUCCUUUCGGACAGACAUGACGCGGCUGAAGAUACUUCACAUCAUCGGGACGCUGCUGAUAACACAAAGCGUCGCCAUUAUCAGAGUUCCCCUUCAUAAAACCAGGAGCCUGCGACGCCUGAUGAGCGACAGCGGGAUGUCGGUGGAGGAGAUCCGGGCUUUGGCGAAGAGCAGCGGGGCGCCGGACAGCUCCCCCUCCCCGACACUGCCGGUGGAGAGGCUGACCAACUUCAUGGAUGCUCAGUACUACGGGGUGAUCAGCGUCGGCACCCCCCCUCAGGAGUUCACCGUGCUGUUUGACACCGGCUCCUCCAACCUGUGGGUCCCCUCCAUCCACUGCUCCUUCCUGGACCUGGCCUGCUGGAUUCAUCAUCGUUACAACUCCAAGAAGUCGAGCACGUACGUUCAGAACGGCACAGAGUUUUCCAUCCAGUACGGCAGAGGCAGCCUGUCCGGCUUCAUCAGCGGGGACACUGUCUCUAUCGCAGGUCUGUCUGUUACUGGGCAACAGUUCGCCGAAGCGGUGAAGCAGCCCGGCAUCACAUUUGCGGUUGCGCGGUUCGACGGGGUCCUGGGCAUGGCCUACCCCUCCAUAUCAGUGGCUGGUGUCGUCCCGGUGUUUGACACAGCCAUGGCCGCCAAGCUGCUGCCCCAGAACGUCUUCUCCUUCUACAUAAGCAGAGACCCGGCGGCGACAGUCGGAGGGGAGCUGACGCUGGGCGGGACCGACCCGCAGUACUACACCGGAGACCUGCACUAUGUUAACGUCACACGCAAGGCCUACUGGCAGAUUGAGAUGAACGGAGUUGCAGUUGGCAACCAGCUGACUCUUUGCAAAGCCGGUUGCCAGGCUAUUGUUGACACGGGAACGUCCCUGAUUGUAGGUCCCCGAGAGGAGAUCAGAGCGCUGCAGAAAGCCAUCGGAGCUCUGCCCCUGCUGAUGGGAGAGUACUUCAUCGACUGUAACAAGAUCCCCUCUCUCCCCGUCAUCUCCUUCAACAUCGGGGGGAAGAUGUUCAACCUGACCGGAGAGGAUUAUAUCGUAAAGGAGUCUAUGAUGAGCGUAUCCAUCUGCCUGUCUGGCUUCUUGGCCAUGGAUAUCCCGCCUCCCGCCGGGCCCCUGUGGAUCCUGGGAGAUGUUUUCAUCGGGAAGUACUACACUGUGUUUGACAGGAGCGCUGAUCGCGUGGGGUUCGCCCCGGCCAAGUAGCGACAGAGCGCCGAUUGUGUGAAACAGGUUUCACUGCCUGUUUCUAUCGGUGACGUGUCGUCACCUUAAAGAUCCCACAGUCACAAGGAUGUAAUGGUGGUUGUGUUUCACUGAGGCCUGGCUUCCACAUAACUCUUUCACAUCUGCUUUAGAACAAUGAGGUUGACACCAGAAAGUAUGAGUCCUACAUUAAUAACCACGUGUUCUGCCGCUGAACAAAGGGACUUCAGUUCUUCACGAGUCUGUGAAGCUGCUUUUUGAUUUGAGCUUUAACCAGAUGUUUUGUAUUUGACAGGAUUCAAUCAGACCUAUGCAUUUUGAGGUUUGUUCUGUUUUAAGUUUUUUGUAAUUUAGAAGCUCUACAGGAACAAAUGCACCUCAAAUAUUUGAAUGAUUUUUUUUUUAUUUUGUGUUUUUCUUCAUUUCUAGCAACUGCUCCACGUUUCAAACUGUAAAACUAGAAUUAACAACAUUUCAGCUGGAGCUGCUUUUGUCUCAGGAUGUUUUGUUUUAACACACUUAUGUGAAUUUUAUUACCAAAUCUCACUCAAUAAAACUUAACAAUGACUGAAAGUUUCAUUAAAUAUUAAAUGGGGGGGGGGGGGUUUAUUUGAUUGUAACCGGCCUAAGAGCAUGAAAGCUCUUAAACUACCUGCUUCGUUAGAGGGGAGGAGAAGAAACAGUCAAAUAUAACCAUACAGAAUGUCAUUUAAUGAAGUAUACAAAGUGCUGCACUGUUCAACUCCAGAGCUGAACUGAAAACAAAAGAAAAGAAAAGCUGGGAAAAAAAAUAAAAUAAAAUACACGGCAUGCAACACAGCAUAUGGCUAGUAUGCACUCCACAAGGUAGAGGUAGUGAUCUACUUUGGGUCUGGUUUUACAAUAACAUUACAAAUGUGGCACAGUGACUCCCCCUCGUCACAGCAGUAAUUUGUAGCAUAAACUAGGUCUGCGGAGGAAGACGCUUCAUAUGCACACAAAGAUCUACUGUGGACGUCCAGAACAAAGCACUUAAUGAAGCACGAGUGACACUUCACACGUAGAACUGAAUCGAUGCAAAUAAAUAUUCGGCUCUUUUCUUUUUUUUUUUUUGGUUACAAAUGUACAAUAAAUACAAAAAUAUU